CUUCUGUUCAAGGAAGUUACAAGACUAUGACAAAGUGAAACUGUGGUCUUGUGCUCUUCAUGGGACCGUAAAGCUGAACCCGUGCUCAGCGGACUUUGAGCGUGGAAAUCAAUCAAUAACUGUCUGUCUGUUCUCGCAGCUGUCAGAGUUUAGCUGCGUCCAACACAGACACUUCUCCUUAUCGUUCAAUGGAUUUCCACCAACUUAACUCUUUCAAAACCUUUAGGGAAGCGUGGAGUUGUUAUGGUUACGGAAAAAACCUGGAGGACGUGCUGGAGGGGGAGUUCACGCGGAUUAAAGGCACUGUAUAUCUGGAUCAUGCUGCAACUACUUUGUACCCGGAAUCACUGGUCAAGAACUACUGCCUAGAUAUUUCAAGGAACACGUAUGGAAACCCUCACAGCCACAACCCCAGCAGCAGGUUGACACAUGAUACUGUGGAGAGGGUCAGAUACAGAAUAUUGCAGCAUUUCAACACGACCCCUGAAGAGUACUCAGUGAUUUUCACCUCUGGCAGUACAGCCGCUAUCAAAUUAGCGGCAGAGGUCUUCCCCUGGAGGUCGCAGACAGAAAGCGAGGCGGGCAGUUACUUCUGCCAUCUCACCGACAACCAUACGUCUGUUGUUGGCGUAAGAGGUCUAACGUCAACCCGGGGAGUAGUCACCCUGCCCGUUUACCCCCAGGAAGUGGAAGAUAGGGCAAAAGAUAAGACUCAAGGCAAAGAUACAGUUUGUCACACGCCGCAUCUCUUCUGCUACCCGGCGCAGAGCAACUUCUCAGGGACAAAGUAUCCCCUGAGCCACGUCGAAGGCAUCCAGGCAAGACGUCUUUAUCCAGCGUGUGACCAUCAGGGCCAGUGGUUUGUGCUGCUGGAUGCGGCCUCGCUUGUCAGCUGUUCUCCUCUCAAUCUCCAAGACUGCCCAGCUGAUUUCAUUCCCAUCUCCUUCUACAAGAUAUUUGGCUUCCCUACAGGUCUGGGGGCCCUGCUUGUCCGCAACAAUGCAGCAGGCAUACUAAAAAAGGCUUAUUUUGGGGGAGGCACAGCAGCAGCUUACCUUUCUGGAGAAGAUUAUUAUGUGCAGGCUGCAAACCUUUCUGACAGAUUGGAAGAUGGUACUGUCUCCUUCCUGGACAUCAUUGCCCUCAAUCACAGUUUUGAUGCAUUAUACAGGAUCACCGGGGGAAUGCAAAAUAUACAAAAGCACACCUUUGGCUUAGCACGUUACACUUAUAUGCUUCUGUCAAGUCUUUGCCAUGGCAACGGGCGAGCGGUGGCUCAAAUGUACACACAAGGCCAAUUUGAUAGUCCAAGCUCCCAGGGCGCGAUAUUAAACUUCAACUUGAUGGACUCGCACGGAGAAAUAAUUGGAUAUUCUCAGGUGGACAGAAUGGCAAGUUUAUACAACAUUCAUGUGCGCACUGGUUGCUUUUGCAACACUGGAGCUUGUCAGAGCUUUCUUGGCAUCACAAAUCAGCAGAUGAGGAGAAACUUGCAGGCCGGCCACGUCUGCGGAGACACCAUGGACAUGGUGGAUGGCCAGCCGACCGGAUCUGUUCGCGUGUCGUUUGGCUACACGUCGACGUUUGACGACUGUCAAAAAUUCCUGAGUUUUGUUGUCGACUGCUUCGUGAACAAACCGCCGACGGUCGACCAGGCGAGACUAGAGGGGCUUAAAGCAGCUAGCAUAUCAAUUGAAGAGACAACAAUCGUUAUCAAGGAAGUGACACACAAAAGUGAAGACAAGAAAAUUGUUUCACUGAAGGGAUUUGAACCCGUGAGUCCAAACAACUUUGAGGGACCUUAUACGUUGACGAACAUCUACAUCUAUCCCAUCAAAUCAUGCGGUGCAUUUGAGGUCCAGAACUGGCCAGUUGGACCUCAGGGUUUACUAUACGACCGAAGCUGGAUGGUGGUAAAUGGAAAUGGCGUGUGCUUGAAUCAAAAAAGAGAGCCACGUUUAUGCCUCAUUCACCCACAAGUUCAUCUGUCCUCAAAUGAAUUGCUCCUGCAGGCACCAAGGAUGAAUAACAUUUCAGUUGCACUGGAAAUUAGGACUCAAAAGCACGCAAGCUUUCCCGUCUGUCAGAGUAAAGUUUGUGGUGACAGGGUGGAGACGAUGGACUGUGGCGACGAGGUUGCAUCGUGGCUUUCGGACUUGCUUGGACAGCCAUGCCGCCUUAUACGACAAAGUCCUGAUUUCACUCGACAUACGAACGAGAAGUCUGCUUCGGCCGUCACUUCCUCGUCACUCUCCCUGGUGAAUGAAGCUCAGUAUCUCAUGAUCAACCGUGCUAGUGUGGAGCUCAUUCAGAAAGUAAUGAGGAGCAGGCAAGACUAUCCCGAGCUUGACGCACAGAACAUCAUCGGUCGGUUCCGGUCCAAUUUUGUCAUCUCGGGGGUUGAAGCGUUUGAAGAAGAUAAUUGGUCACACUUGAUUAUCGACAACCUUCAAUUCAGGGUCAGAGGUCAAUGUGUACGCUGCCAAAUGAUUGGAGUUGACCAGAACACGGGGACCAAAACAAAGGAGCCGCUGAUGUCUCUUUCUGCGUACCGCAAUGGAAAGAUUACAUUUGGUGUGUACUUGAGCCAUCAGUUGCCCGAAGGUUCACCAACAGCUGGUGUCCUCAGUGCUGGCUCCCACGUACUGCCAAAGCUCCAUGCUUUUGAAACGGGUCAGACAUCUUCACCAACAUCUCUUUCUUAGUAAACAUCAUGGGAUUUCUGAUUUCUGCCAUUGAAUCUAUACAAUAUGAACAAUAUAUGCAGUAAAUCAUAAAGGAGUGCACUUACUGUAGAUACUGCUGGAUGGGAAGCUAUGUGUUUUCCCUUAAGUGUUGUUUUGUAACUAUGUGAAGCUCAUUGAGUAACCUUGUGUAUGAAAUGCUGUAAAUAAAUAAAGCUGCCUUGCUUUUU